GGUUAAAAUAUUUAUUAUUUAUGUACAUACAUAGUAUGUAUGUACAUACAAACUAACUUCAACCGAACUUAGACUUUUUCACCUUUUCACUUUCGAAUACAUAUCGAUUUCAUUUGUUUAGUCUCACAUCAAUCAUGAAAUUAUUAUUAUAAUUGGUAUUGAAUCCUGUUUAUAAGAAAUUGAAAAUGUGUUCUAUGAAAAAUAUUCUAGUGUCAAUAAUUUUGUUCAACAUUUUACGUUUGGAAACAUGUCUUUGUGCAAAUUUCAAUAGAAAGAUGAUAAUGGAAGAUGCUAAAGAAAAAUAUAGAUUUUUGAUAACCGGCGGUUAUCGUCCUAAGACAGAUAAUUUGGCAAAAUAUGUUGUCUCCAUACGAGGAAAAAAACAUAAAUGGUUUUUUGGAGAUGAUCACAAUUGUGGUGGCUCCAUAAUUUCACCCAAAGUCAUUCUGACCGCAGCACAUUGUGUUUGUAUGGGCGAUAGCCGGAUAGAAUUGAGAUCAUUGAAACCGUCUGAUUUAUUGGUUGUAGCUGGAACUCCGAGGCGCUUGGUUGUUACUGAAAAAACACAAGCCUUAAAAGUUGAUAAAAUUAUUAGUCACGCCUACUACGACCCUGAGACUAAUCGAAAUGAUAUUGCUUUGUUGUUGUUGCUAAAAAAUAUAUAUGAAGACGGUGUUUCAGCACAGCGGAUUAGUCUGCAAACCAACAUAUUACCUCCGUAUACAAAAUGCAUCUUGCUUGGAUGGGGUCGAAUUUUUACCUUCGGUCCAAUACCAGAUUUAAUAUUACACACUGAUACUUAUAUUUUGCCAACGGAACUCUGUAAAGUUAGUUAUAUACACUUUGGUUUUGGCAUGAUGUGUGCUAACAAUGAGGAUGAUUUUGAAAAAGAUUCGUGCACUGGUGAUUCAGGUGGUCCGCUGAUAUGUAAUGGAUCUUUAACGGGUAUUGUUUCUUUUGGAUUUGGCUGUGGUGUGCCCUAUCGUGCUGGUUAUUAUACUAAUGUGACUUCGUAUCUUGAUUGGAUUCGUGAAAAUGGAUUCGGUAAAUUAAGCUCUGUAAACUUUAUAUCGCUAAUUCUGUUACAAAUUAUCAUAAUAGAAGGAAUGUGAAGUAAAAAAUAAUAUGAAUAUUAGUUAUUAUUGGUCGUGGUUCAAUUCCAAGUUCACUGAAGGUGUUAUUGACCUUUUGAUGCUCUUAGGAGGCGGUUCCGCCUA